AUGAGCGGGCUUACUACAUCCUUAAACGCAGAGCUUUUACAGCUUUCAAAUGAAGCCCGACGUAAACAUCCUGAAAUCAAAGAGGCAGCGGAAAGAUCGAUAAUAGUUUUACGUACAUUAAAAGAAAGACCUGGAAAGGAUAUAUCACAAGAACUUGCAAAAAAUACCGAGUUCCUACGUCCAUUUCUUCUUGCUUGUGAUUCCAAGCAUGUCAAAUUAAUUACUAUUUCCAUUGGUUGUCUUCACAAAUUAAUAUCACAUCAUGCAAUUCCCGAGUCUUCCGUAAAAACAAUUCUUAAAACUCUUAAUGAUAUUAUGUCACAAGGAGUUGAAAUACAACUCAAAAUACUACAAACCGUACUGCCGUUAUUAAGCAAUUAUCAAGCGUUACAUGGUGAUCUUUUAGCGGAGGCUUUGUUAAUUUGUUUUCGCAUUCAAGAUUCUAAAGUUGUAGUGGUAAAUAAUACAGCCGCCGCUACUUUACGACAGUUGGUGAUCAAUAUUUUUGAAAAAGUUCAAGAAGAGGAUGAAAUCAAUGAGAAAAACGGAUCAAUAAAACCAACUUCGACAGUGGUAUCAAUUAUUGGGGAGGGUGUUGUACCACUCCGCCCUUGUGCGAGAGAUGCAUAUUUUCUUUUUCAAGAUUUAUGUUUGUUGACAAACGCGGAACCUCCAGUUUAUCUUAGAUUGCAUGGUUUAUCAAGAACGUUUGGUUUGGAGUUGAUAGAAUCGGUAUUAACUAAUCAUUCAAAAUUAUUUAAAAUGCAUUCAGAAUUUUCGUUAUUAUUGAGAGAACGAGUUUGUCCUCUUAUUAUUAAAAACUUCUCUGAGAAAUCUGAUUUUCCAACUACCAUGCGUUUGAUGCGCGUAGUUUAUAUCUUAUUUAGGCAAUUCACUGAUAUUCUGGUUAUGGAAUGUGAAAUAUUUCUUACAAUGUUUAUCAAGAAUUUAGAGCCUGAUACUCCUUUAUGGCAGCGUGUCAUUUCGAUGGAAAUAUUUCGUGGUAUUUGUGCAGAUACUAGUUUAUUACGUUCUAUUUAUCAUUGGUACGAUAAACAAGGUCAAUCUACGCAUAUAUUUCAAGAUAUGGUGAAUGCUUUUAAGAAAUUAGCGACUGAGAAGCCGCAAGCAUUAGGCGUUGGGAGUCAUUCGUUAGUUGGACAUUUACACCAAGGUAGAGAGAGUAUGGAUUUAUCCGGAAUUACAGGAGUCGUGGUAGGGGGUUCCGGACAGGUUGAUUCUGCAGGAUUGAACAUUUCAAAUUCAAUAAUGAAGGUAGAAUGUAUUGAUCAAUUGGAUAAAGUAGAUCCUCCUCCCAUACCCGAAACAUAUCUUUAUUAUCUUGCGCUUAUAUGUCUUAGUUUAAUAGCAGACAGUCUGCAUAACUUUAUUUUGUCUAUAUUUUCCGGAGUAAUACAGAAACAAUCCGAAAAGAAAUCACAGGAACGUAAAACGCUUACAUCGACAUUUUCAGCUGAAUCUUCACAGACGCAACAACCCACAAUUUUUGGUUAUUCUAUAUUGAAACAGCUUGAAGAUCAUCCAUCACAUAAAGAAAUCUUAUUGGUCACCGAGAUGGCCAAUACUGCAUGGCCAGGAUUACUUGCUGCUUUAUCAUUUUUCCUUACAGCAAAUCUUGAUGAAGAAUUAUUUUCAGGAGUCUUACGUUCUUUUCAAAAUUUCACAAUUGUGUGCGGUGUGCUUCAAUUAUCAACACCGCGUGAUGCCUUUUUGACAUGCUUAAGUAAAGGAGCUAUCCCUCCUAGCGUUGUUACAGCGUUAUCAGCAGAAAGUAAAGCAGUUCAUACAAGUAGUGGGACAAGUGGUGCCACAAAUGAUGGUUCACCAUUAAAUACACUGUCAGACAGAAAUUUAUCCUGUUUAAAAAUUUUAUUAAAUGUGGCACAGUAUCUUGGUGGAGUAUUAGGAGAAUCAUGGUAUUUAAUACUGGAAACAUUACAAUUCGCAGAUCUUAUCCUCUUUCCAAAACACGCUAAGAGUGGGACGAGAGGUACUCGUAUAAUUGGUUCACAAAAUGCAGCAUCAGUAUCAGUAACUUCUUUAUCUUCACCGAUUACCGCUGGUAGUAGUAAUUCUUCUCUUCAAACUUCAACCACUCCUCCUAAUAUUAAUAAGAGAUUUUCAUUGGGAGCUACACAAUCGACCUCUGUUGGGUCAUCUAACCAAGCUGGAUCAUCUUCAACUUAUUUAAGUUCUCAACAAACAGCUAUUGAAAAUCAUUUAAGUGUUCUGUUUAACCAAAUUAAAAAAUUGUUUGAUAAUUGUAAAUAUCUUGACGAUGAGGCUUUAAAAUUUUUCACACGAUCUUUAUGCAAGCUUAAUUCUUAUACUUGGGGAUUACCUUGGGAUGAAGACAAUCCAGUUAUAUCCCAGGAAACAGUAUCAAUGGAGGGUAAGGCACCUAAAUCUAUACCAUCGAGUAACCUGCGAGGGAAUAAAUCCGACGAGAAAUCUUUUGCCAUUGAAAAAUUACAUUCCGUUGCACUAUCAAAUCUUAAUAAUAUGAUUGCACGGGAACCAUCUCUCAUCUGGGAUUUAAUUGUUUCACAUUUAAUAACAACUGCGAAUUAUGUAUCGACCCCUCAACAAAUUCGUAAGCAGGCUUGUAAAACGUUAGAUGAUAUUAUAAUUUCAUCCAUGAGUUAUGCUAGUUCAAUACAAAUGGAGGGCGAUGAACGUAUUCAAAUGCAACUGUUAGUUUCACUAAAUCAAUUAAUUAAUAAUCACAAUGUGGUUGCACAAAAUUUGAGUAAAGGGUUCUAUGUGGAUGUUCAGAAAAGAGGGCUUGAAACUUUAAAUAAAUUAUUACAAACAUCUGGACAUUCUUUUGUUUAUGGGUGGGGAAUGAUUUUUGAUAUGAUCAAAAGUGUAUGUGUGGUAAAUAGUCCUAGUGAAAAUAAAGAAGAAGGUGAUUCUGCGGGUAUUAUUGAUAAUAUGUUUGAUGCAUCGUCAUUUGGCGUCUCUAAUAAUAAUAAUAAAAGCUCGGGUUUAGUUCGUGUAGCAUUUCCAUCAUUACAACUCAUUUGCACAGAUUUUUUAUCAUUAUUAUCCCCCGAAUGUUUGAAACAGUGUAUAAAUACAUUGGGUGCAUUUGGUUUGCAAGUUGAUGAUCUUAAUAUAAGUUUAACAGCACUUGGACUAUUAUGGAAUGUUUCCGAUCAUAUUCAGACAAAAAGGUCCGAACUUGAAAAGAAUUUUGGAACGAAUUAUGAGAAGUCGGAGAUUAUAAAAGACAUGAUAAUUGAACAAGAGAUAGAACGUGAUAUUCAAGGUGAACUGUCACCACGAACCAUGAAUGCUUUAUGGAUGUUGAUAUUGUUACAACUUUCAAAGAUUUGUUCUGAUGUUAGACCACAAGUACGUAACGGUGCGAAUCAAACUUUGUUUCGUACUAUAGACAUGAAUGGCGCCGUUUUAGAAUCACAAACUUGGCAUACCUUUGAUAAACAAUGGGACGAAACCAAAGUAUUAGUAUUAACGGGAAUGUCUGGAAUAAUCAAAAACUUUUUACCAUUCUUGAUUAAUUUAGAAGAUUUUAAACAAGCUUGGGAAUUAUUUUUGUUACAUUUACAAGAAUCAUGUUUAUAUUCAAGUCUUGAAGUUGCUUUUGCUGCCAUCAAAUCUUUAAACACGAUAAUUCAAUUUCCCGAAGAUGAAAUUCAUUCUAAUUUACCUAAAAAGAGCAUUUCACUUUUAUUUAAAAAUGCCUGGAUUACUUGGGAGAGAAUAGAUAAUGUUCCCGUUUCUUUAACUUCCCAUAAUAAGAAACUGGUCUCUUCACAGUUUAAUCAAGAAACUCUCACGGCUUACAUUAUUGCAUUCGGGGAUCUUUAUAAAACCAUACGUUCCGAUUUUUCAAUUAAAGAAAUAAAAAAAUUGAUGAAAGUUGUUUAUGGUAUUUUAACUUAUUCUAAUAGUCCUUCUUAUAGACCUGAUUAUGAUUACCUCACCCCUUUACAAGAGGCAAUUUUAGAUGUAGUGGGUAAUAUAGACUUGAGUGUACCGGAGGCACCAGCUACAGUAUUAAGAGAUCUUGCAAAAUAUAUUACUUUGGCAUUCGUUAUAAAACCCAAACAUGAAAUUAUUUCAAAUUUGAAAAUGAAAAAACAAGGAAACACUAAUUCUGUGAUUGUUACGAAGCAGAGAUCAUCAUCCAAUAAUACGAAAUCCAAAAAAUCAGAGACCUUAGUUUCAACAUCUACAUCUAAAAAAUCCUAUGAGAAUGUAACUUUUAUUGUUUUUUCAAAGACUGUUAUGCGAAAAGUUCAAGAUUUAUUCAAAAAAUUCGUGAAUGAUAAGGGAAUUUAUUCUGAAGGGGCUUAUGGUAUUCCAAUGAAAUUAAAAUAUAAUUGUCCACCAUCUGGAAAACAUGUUGAAGAUAUUGAACUUUGGAAAAUUGCCACGAGUGCAUUUUUGGAAAUUGUAAAGGAUGGGUUAAUUGCAUUUGAGAAUUUUGGAGAUGAAAUUUCCGAAGAAUGUUUUAUAAAUGUUUGGAAGCAAUUAACUGAGGUUAUACAUGGAACAUUGAUAUCUAACUGUCAUCCACCAUCUAUCCUUAAAACAGAACAACAAGAUGCCGACGAAGCCUAUGAUAUGAGAUUUCUUUUUAGUCUACAGUCUAAUGUAAUGAUUCAUAUGGGUCGUCCUAGAGUUCCACAAACGUUAAUAAAAAAAAUUGUUGAAACGAUACAAGAAGGAUCACAAUUAUAUUCCACGGGAGUGAAAAGAAGGGAAAUUGUAAAUGGAUUCUACGAACUUAAUAAAGUUUCGGAAAAAGUCGAAGGAAUUACCGCCGAAAUUACUCCCGUAGCCCGAGAACGAUUUGCAUAUGCAUGUUUGCAAUGUUUAUUUGACUUAUGUUCGGAUGGACCAAGUGAUCUUGACCAAAAAAUUCCUUUAGACGAAGUUGAAAUCCGACAACGUAUAGCCACAGUGGCCGCACCAAUAUUUUUGGAGAGAUGUGCGUCCGUGAUCAGGAAUUAUACAGCGGAUCAAUCUUUAUUAGGAAAGUAUCCGUUUCCAAGCAUUUCUUCCAGGGUACGGAACGAUGAAAUCUUAUUAGUUUUACAACAAUCGAUUAAAUUACGAUUUCGAUUAAAUAUAUUAAGAGUUGAUGAAAAUAUAACAAAUCCACUCACGAAACAGAUUUUAUCAGGAAAAAGUGCACAUUUAUUCUAUUUAUAUCCAGUUAUAUGUGAGGCGAUCUCUCUUCCAGAUGAAAAUAUAGUUGGUUUAUUGAAAGAAUGUUUAAGAAAAAUUGGAGAAGAAUUGGGAUUAAAUAUUUCAUCAACUUUUAUAUUAGAAUUGAUUAUGACUACGCAACCAGAUCCUACCCCUGCUAUUCGUAUAGUACCACAUAUAGAAGGUCCUCGUUCUUUGCAUUUUGACAUCAUCGAACGAGAAGUUGGUGAAAGUGUGGUUAUAAAGAUUGGUCGUUUUACAGAUAAAGCAUUUAUUCCAAAUAGAGUCACAUUUAAGAGUAAAGUUGUUUCCAGAGGUCACGCUGAAAUUUGGACUGAAGGUAACAAAUUUUUUAUCAGGGAUACCAAAUCUUCUUCUGGAACCUUUUUAAACCAUGUACGAUUAUCUGCACCAAGUGCUGAAAGUAAAGCAUUUCAAUUAAAAGAUGGUGAUGUUGUUCAACUUGGUGUUGAUUAUCAAGGUGGAACAGAAGAAAUAUAUCGAUGUGUGAAAAUGCGUAUAGAAUUAAAUAGAUCAUGGCAAAGACAGAUUAACCCUUUUAGUAUUAAUGCAUUAAAACAGUUCAAACAAUUAACUGGACCAGAAGCCUUUAAACAUCCAACAUCAGAUUGUUGUAUUUGUUUAUCCGGGAUUGGACCUUUUCAAGCAUUAUUCCUUGCUCCUUGUUCACACGUCUUUCAUUAUAAGUGUAUAAGACCUCUUUUAAUUAGUCAUCAUCCUGGAUUUUUAUGUCCUCUUUGUCGAAGUUUUGCUAACCUUGAUGCACCUAUUGAGAAUCAAGUUGAUUGGGAACAAAUAUUGGCCGAACAUGAGGAAGUAGAAAAAAACGUUGUUGGAGGAAUUGGAGGAACUACGAAUAAUUCUAAAAAUGAACAAAACACAGAGAAUUUACCUGGAAAAGAAGUUAAAGUAUCAGCAUAUUCUUUUGCCAUGCCAAUACCUCGAAGUAGAAAAAUGUCAAAUUCCUCAGAUGAUGUAAAUGAUCCAAAUAUAAUGCUUAGUAAAACGUUACCAUCAUCAAGUCCACCAAUUUCAGGAACGAGUUUUUUUGAUGAUAUAGAUAGUGGACCAUCAUCACCUGCAAAUCAACAUCAAUUACUUAGAGAACAAGGUGAAUCACCGAGGUUAGGGGAAAUUACCGAGGAAGAUGAAAGCUCUGUGAGUCCAUCAUCAUCCAAUUUAACUCCAAAUAAUCCAACACACUUUCAAGAAUCAGGUUCUUCUUCAUCAAGUACAAGUGAUAAUGAUGAUGAUGCAUUGUUCUUAGGAAUGCGUUAUAUUGAUGUACCUUCUGUAUCUGGAAAGACAGAAGAUGCAAAAGUGAAAGGAAAAGGAGUUGAUCGAUUUGGAACUGGUCGUAAAGAAGGUGAAGAUGUGUUAUGA